UGAACAGCAGCAAAGAUCCUCCAGAUCCCCCAGAGAAAUCAUGACCAAGUUCAGCAUUUGCCUUCUGCUCGUCGUCCUGGCGAUCGCCUCCAUCCAAGCGGAUGGCAACCGCCGUCCUUGCGCUGGCCGCUGUACCGGACACCCUCUGUCCGGCGGCAAGAGCGUGUGCAUCCGGAACAAGGCCACCAACGUGUGCACCCGUCUGCCCGCCUGUCGUCUCCGGGAGAAGAACUGCCUGCGGCGGGACAAUGGGCUGGAACCCAUCCGGGAGACCUGCAUCACCCGCUGCCGCAACAUUCCCGGCUCCAGUGGCGUGGGACAGUGCGCCACCAAGCUGCGCCCUCGGACCAAGGAGUGCCAGAGGAGGCUCUGCCAUGACGACAAGGUCGCCAGCUGCUGGAGGGACCAGCAGGGCGCCUGCGUCCUCCAGACCCGCUGCGAGGCCCAGAAGAGGAACUGCGUCCGCAACCCACUCAACCAGUGGGUGAGGGCCAGCCAGUGGAGCUGCAAGGGAAAUGUGGUCGGGGGUGGCGUCCGCCGCUGCCGCACCAGGCCCAUCGUCAUCAAGGACUAGGACCCCAGGACCAGCACCCUCCUCUGCUGACCACAACUGAAUACCGGGCACCCAUGACCCCUGCUAACUUCUUUUAUUUUUUUUCCCCCUUUUCUUCUUGCUUAUUUUACUUUCGUACAAAAAUAAAUAACUCAGUUAAUAUCAAAUAUAUGACGA